CGUGCAUCUGGCCAGUCUUGGAGCAAGCACUGGCCAGCCGCUAGCGCCGAUCGUGCGUCCGUCGUCGGAGCUCAUAGGUACUACAACGUACGUUCUUCGUAGUCGGGAGGGGUCGAGGCUACCUUGGGGAUGAUUAGAGGAGAUGACUCCGGAUUGCAUUAGCGAUAUGCAGCAAGAAGGACUAGUCAUGGUGGCCGUCAGAAUGAUCCAAUCACGACAUUAUUUGGAAUUGCGCUAGAUGAGCCCAGGGGAAUUUGCCGUCACGCAAGCCUUUCACGAGCCGGUUAACACUGGCGUGCUCGGUACAUGGAACGGUGGAAUACUCUUGACAGUUUACGAUCAGCGCCCGUAACGGGCUUAGCUCACGAUAAAGAUCGCUUGAUAAGAAGAAGGAAAAAAUAAGCCUGGAAUCUGGAACCUAGAACCUGGAACCUGAACUGGACACUCUUGGACGAGAGAGUUUCUGCUGCCUCUUGAUAUCGCCUUCUUCUCGUACCAUCGGCUAAUAUUCUUGCAACAUUUCCCCCCCUCUCUCUCUUCUCUCUUCUCUCUUCUCUUCCUCUUCCUCAAUGCCUCAUUCGCCCCGUUGCGUCAUCCGCCGUUUUCACCAACGCCGCUGCAUGCGCUAGUGGGCCGCAAAUCCUCCGAACUUUUUGCGACUCGUCCAUUCUAGCUUUCUGCGCGAACCUUGCCAAUCAACCUCUGAUGGGCGUGCUACAACCUCGUGGCCGUCGCGACUCGCGCGCCUCGAUUCCGUCUCACCGCAAUCGGGGAUUCGACCGCGAUCUCGACGUCGCCAUUGCGCCAGAGUCCCUGGUGGAACACGCCAACGCUAACUUUGGCAGCUCCCCGGGGGCCGGCCUCGAGGCCUCGAGCUAUAAUGGCUCCAGUUUGAGAACCCCUAGUCGAUCAUUCUACCACCGCUCUUUUAAUACACCUACUGACCCAGCCCACUAUGCUUCGGAUGGGCUCCGCGAACAAACGGCCGAACUAGCGACUUACGGUUUGUCGCUCAACAAAAAGCCCUCGCGUGGCAGGACCAGUUUACCUCCUGGUCUGGACAUUUUCCGCAGCCAGCUUCAACAUUCCCCGUCAACGUCGCAUGAUGAAUUGGCGAGCUCCCAUCCCACGGUUGGGGAAGACUCGUUAGAUUCACAUGCCGUACUCCUCGAUCCAGCCGCUGCCUCUGCCUCUGCCUCGUCGGCCUUGACAGAGAUGAUCCGCCGGCCUGCUGCUGGCGUGGUCGACCACUAUGCCAAGCCGAUCGAAGACACGUCCUUUUCGCCGCUGUCGACGAUCGACGAUGAAUCUGAAACCCGGGAUACGGAACGCACCUCGUUGCUGUCGAAGACGCGAUCCAAGUCUCUGCAUCAGUAUGGCUCAGUUGAAGAUAUUGAGAGUCAAAGAGGUGCCGCUCGGCGGGCAUCGACUGCCUUUGCCAGCAGUAUUUCAGCGGUGGGCAAAUGGUCUCGUAUCAUAUCCAACCCCAAGUCAUGGGACCGGCGUGCCAUUUGGCAAGAAGGCGUAGUAUAUCCAGCCAGUCUGAUCCCUGCCGUGGUUCUGGGUCUUCUGCUCAACAUCCUCGAUGCCCUAUCCUAUGGAAUGAUUCUGUUUCCUCUGGGAGAACCGCUGUUCGCCCAUCUCGGCGCCGACGGUAUCUCAAUGUUCUACGUCAGUACAAUCAUUUCCCAGGUGGUUUUUUCCUGCGGAGGCUCCAUCUUCAAGGGCGGUAUCGGUAGUGAAAUGAUCGAGGUGGUCCCUUUCUUCCACCAAAUGGCAUUCACAAUCAUGAACCGAGUAGGCAAAGAGAACCCGCAAUCAGUCAUUGCAACAACUAUCCUUGCCUUCUCAGUCAGCUCCGUCCUCACCGGUCUGGUAUUCUUCCUAAUGGGCGUCUGCGGUCUGGGCUCGCUGAUCGGGUUCUUCCCUCGCCAUAUUCUCAUCGGCUGCAUCGGUGGUGUGGGCUACUUUCUUCUCCAAACCGGAGUCGAAGUCUCUGCCCGGCUUCCCGGUUCUCUCGAAUACAACGUCGCCACGCUGCAGAAGCUCUUCCAGCUCGACACCCUCCCCCUUUGGACGAUACCCCUUUUUCUUGCGGUUGCUCUUCUCGUUUUGAAGCGUUUUAUUCGGUCGAAUUUCCUUGUCGGUGCUUACUUUAUUGGUGUGGGUGCUGUGUUCUACAUUGUUAUUCUCAGUGCUCGGAUUUCAAUGGAUACAUUGCAUCAUAAGGGGUGGGUGUUUGAUGCUCCGUCUUCUAACAAUCCGUGGUACCACUUUUAUACUCUCUAUGACCUUUCCGCGGUCAAUUGGACCGCCUUUGCCGACACUAUCCCUGCAAUGUUCGCGUUGACCUUCUUCGGUGUACUUCACGUGCCCAUCAAUGUCCCAGCAUUGGGCAUCUCGACUGGAGAAGACAACCUCAAUGUAGACAGAGAGCUCAUGGCACAUGGUGUGACAAAUGCCCUGUCUGGCUUCGCAGGCAGUAUUCAGAACUACCUGGUUUACACCAACAGUCUUCUCUUCAUCGCUAGCGGUGGUUCGUCGCGAUUAGCUGGUCUUAUGCUUGCUGCAGCCACGGCCGGGAUUCUGGUCAUUGGGCCGGUCAUCAUUGGCUUCAUUCCGGUGAUGGUCGUCGGUGCAUUGAUCUUUCUACUGGGAAUUGAACUUUUGCAGGAAGCCUUGGUGGAUACCUGGGGCAAACUUACGCGACUUGAAUAUCUGACGGUCUUUAUUAUUGUGGUGACUAUGGGUGCCGUAGACUUUGUCAUGGGAAUCCUUGUUGGCAUCAUUCUCGCCUGCGUCAACUUUGUCGUUCAAACGUCUCGCAAGUCUGCCAUCCGUGCGACCUUUUCUGGAGAGAUUGCAGGAUCCACCGUCCGUCGUCCACCUAUUCAGCAAGAAUUCCUGCAUGAAGCAGGGCAGCAAACUCUCAUCAUGAAGCUUGGCGGUUACCUCUUUUUCGGAACCAUCGUCAAUGUUGAGAAUACCAUGCGGGGACUGAUCGAAGAGGAAGCUUUCAAUCGGCAACCCAUUCGCUUCCUGAUUCUAGAUUUCUCUCGGGUCUACGGUCUCGACUUCUCCGCGGCCGAAGCGUUUACUCGCAUCAAUCGUGUACUUCGCAAACGCAAUGUGCAAACUGCUAUCUCCGGAUUGAAUGUGGAAGGUGAAGUGGGCAAGUCCCUUCAGAACGUUGGGCUCUUCGAGCCCGAAUCCGGCGUGCCACUCUUCGAAGAUCUCAACUCGGCUCUCGAAUACUGCGAGAACGACUACCUCAAAGUCUUCUACAGUCGCCAGGAAGCCCUAUCUCGCACGCCAAUCGGGGCAACUACCCCUCAAGACACCACCAGCGACAACAACCUCCAAGUCCCCCUUCCCGUCCCACAGGUCCCCAGCGCCAGCCUUUCCGACAACAUGGUCAGCUCCCCACGCGGCCAAUACCUCCAGCGCGUAGCCACAACCACCCUCCGCGAACACGAACAUGUAACCGCCCUAAUGGCCGCCCCUGCCUGGUCCUCAAUGCGCCAACCCCUCCCGCUCCUCCUCCAAACAUUCCAAGGUCUAUCCGCCCAAAAUGAAGACUUCUGGUUCCCCGCCUGCGCAUACUUCUCCCGUGAAUCCUAUCCAGCCGGUACAGUCCUCUAUCACGAAGGCGACGUCCCCCGCGCCUUCUACCUUCUUGAAUCCGGCAUGCUGCGCGCAGAAUACGAUCUUCCACAGGGUCGGUACUUUGAGCUCGUCGUCGCUGGCCGACCGUGCGGUGAAUUACCGUUCUUUAGUGACACGCGGCGUACGGCGACCGUCAAGUCAGAGCAUGACUGUGUGGCGUGGUGUUUGAGUGAUGAGCGGUGGAAGGCGUUGCAGGAGGAGGAGCCGAGGAUUGCGAGGGAAUUGCUGACUGUUAGCUUGAAGUUAACGACUGAGAGGAUGGAUAGUAUUACCUCAUAUGUGCUUACGAUGGCUGCUUGAUUGCAUUUCUUGUACAUUUUUGUUUUGCAUCUAUCCUCGGCGGUAAUCUGAGCGAAAUUAUACCUUUGCUUGAUCUUUAGCUUCCAGUUUCCCUCUCUCUUUACAUGUGAAAUGCGUACAUAGCUGUUCCAUACUUCCACCGCCAUGCCAAUUGGCCUACUAUCGUCUCCAUGGCACCUUUGCAAUGCAAAACACAUAACUAAUGACAUUCAUCGAAAUUGUUCACAACGCUAAAUCUCAAAUAAAAGACCACUGAACAAACAACAAAUAAAUGGAUCUAUCAUUCGGCGACAUCGCCGCUAUUCGUUUAAACAUCAAUUCAACAUCAAAAUGGCCAUAUCUCGUAAAAAUCCUUCAUUAUUUCCAACACAGGGCUUAGCACCCUCACAGACGAGACUUGACGGGCAUGUGAAGCUCCGAAUCAACCGACAACCCAUCAGCAAGCAAACGCUUGUUAUCGGGAUCGUACAAGGGCUCAGUCGUGACGGUAGCCUUGAUCCGGCGACCAAAGUACUCAAUGUCAACGCUUGCGCCUUGGUCCAAGGUCCCAGGUAACCAGGCAUACGCGACAGGCUUGCGAACUGUAAACCCAAACGCCGCGCUGGUCACAUACCCAACAGCCCUGCCAUUAUAAAACACCGGCUCUUUACCGAGAAUCAUAGACCGGCCAUCAUUGACAGUCAGACAGCGUAGACGCCGGGAGGGUUUCUGCUUGACAGGGAUAUGCUCGAGGGCAGACUUUCCCACGUAAUCCUCCCACUUGCUCACCCUGAUUCCAUUCGCCACGGCAGCUUCGUACGGGUUGUGCUCCGUGUUCAUAUCCGUGCCGUAGAUGCGGUAUCCCUUCUCCAGCCGCAGGGCAUUGAAAGCAGCACGACCAGCAGCGAUCAGGCCGUGGAUCUUGCCAGCUUGGAAAAUCGUAUCCCAGAGGCGUUGACCGUAUUCGGCCGUUGUCUGGAGUUCCCAGCCCAACUCGCCGACGUAGGACUUGCGGAAGGCUGUCACGGGGAUACCACUGAUGAGGGCUCGUUUCACGCCGAAAUAGGGCAGACCCUUGUUGGAGAAGUCGUCCGUGGUGAUUUCGUUGAUGACGUCUCGGGCACGCGGGCCCCAAAGUCCGAUGCAGCAGGUGCUGCCGGUGAUUUCGCGGACUUGCACGAAGUCCUUCUUACUCUGGUGGCGGGCUUCGCGGGCGAGAUAGGCUAGAUCGGUGGCGGUGUUUGCGCCGAUCUGGAAGAGGUUCUCUUCCAGUCUGGAAAUGAAGAUGUCGCUGCGGAUACCGCCCUGGUCGUUUAGGAGGAGGGCAUAUGUAAUGGUGCCGGGCUUGGUGUUGACGUCGGCUGUGCUGAGGCGCUGGAGGAGAUCGAGGGCGCCGGGUCCGGAGACUUCGAAUCGGUGGAAGGAGGUCAUGUCGAACAUGGCUACCGCGUUGCGUGUUUUCCAUGCCUCGACUGCGACGAUGGGGGAGUAGAACUGGGCUGACCAAGCAUCGCGCUCGACUGGUUUCCACUUCGGUGGCAGGUAGUUGAGAAGUUCCUUGUUCGCUUCAUACCAGAAAGGUCGCUCCCAGCCACCGAGCUCCAGGAAGUAAGCACCCAGCUCUUUCUGCCGAGCGUAGAAUGGACUGGUCCGUAGCUGGCGGGGGGAUUCUCUGGGUUGAGAUGGAUGCAGGAUGUCGUAGAUCUCGACAAAGUUCUGGGAUGAGGUCUCUUCGAUGUAGGACUGGCUUAGCUGGACUUCUUCAAAGCGAGACAGCUCGCACUCUGAUAUGUCGAUCUGCGAGCGACCGGUGGUAAGGACCUCGGCGACGGCACGAGCAACACCUGCAGAGUGUGUAACCCACACUGCCUCGGCGACCCAGAAUCCGUCCAGAUUUGGUGCCUGUCCAACAAUGGGUCCUCCAUCGGGCGUAAACGAGAAGAUGCCAUUGAAUCCGUCCGCGAUUUCAGUCUCUUGUAGCAUGGGCAACAGCCGUUGUGUUUCCUUCCAGGCAGGGUCAAAGUCUUCCGCAGUGAAUUCGAGGCGGGAUGGCAUAUUCUUUUCAUCGACGUCCUUAGGGGUGAGACCUAGAGACGAAGCCUUAACGGGCAUGGGUCGAUGGCCAUAGUACCCGAUACCGUAUUGGUCCCCGUGCUCGCGGUAGUAUAGAUCCUGGUCUUGGUGUCGUAAAAUUGGGAGUUCGGCAUUCUUUCCAUUAAUUUGUUUAUUGAGCUCCCUGCCCACAAGAGAUGGCACCGCCGUCGUUUUGGCGUACUGGUGAGCGAGCGGGAGUAAAGGAAUGGACACGCCGACCAUGGCGCCGAGUUCCACGCCCCAGAACCCAGCACAAGAAAUAACAAUAUCAGCUUCGAUAGUACCAUUGGGUAUCGUUACCCCGGUUACUUGACCAUUUGCUUGCUUGAUGCCCGUCACGGGUGUUGAUUCGAGGUAUUUGACACCAGCCUUGCGGGUGCGUUCAAUGAGGAGCUGGGUUGCACGAGCGGCGAGCGCAAGGCCGUCACUAGGAAUAUGUAGACCCCCGAGCACGACAUCCUUGUUCAAAUGAGGGUACAAUUUAAGACACUCCUCCGCAUUCACGAGGCGAGCCUCAAUGCCCCAUGAGGAAGUAUAACCAUGCUUGCGCUUGAGGUCCUCAAGCCGUGCCGGCGUUGUUGCCACCUCGAGACCACCAACUUGAUUGAAGCAGUUCUGGCCAUCUUUCUCAAUGGACUGGAGUUUCUCGACAGUGUAUCGUGCAAAAUGCGUCAUCGUCUUGGAGGGAGUAGUCUGGAAUACGAGGCCGGGGGCAUGUGAUGUGGAUCCGCCGGGCAUGUAUAGCGGACCCUGCUCGACGACGGUGAUAUCCGUCCAUCCGCGCGAUAACAGCUCAUCAGCGAUGUUUGUGCCGACAAUUCCGGCACCGAUGAUAACGACACGCUUUGUAGGUGACAUGGUGAAUGAGAGGGCGAAUUAAUCACGCUGCACGGAACUGCGGAUGUUCUCGCUUUAUGUAUGUCUGGUCGGCAAAACAGCUAGAUACUUAGGAGCUCCCCCGCAGGAGGGGGUUUCCGUCCCCGCAGAUUGCGUAUCGUGAUGAUAUAGAAAUGGAUUCUAGUGAGGGAAAGCUAUCCAGGCCCCGCAUCGGCUCGGACGGUGCUCGGGGACGAGUACACCGGCAACGGAUACAGGCUUCUGUUGCCCGGAUGAGGGAUGG